UUUUCACUUAGAAAAAACACAUAAAAAACCUAAGUAUAGGAAAUAAUAAAUUAAUUAGAAAAAGAAAAAAGCUUAAGAAAAAACUAAGUUUAAGAAUAAAUAAAAUCAAAAUUUCAAGCAAACUAACUUCUUAUAUCUAAUUUUUAAUAAAAUGAAGGCUCUAUAGAUAUUUAAUAAUAAGAAAAAAGCAUUAAACUCAAAAAAAUAAUGAGCACAUAUGAAAGUAUUAUUGAAUAACGUAUAUAAAAUAAAAGAUGUUCCACUUAAAUAGACGAAAAUAUCGAUUAAUGUAACUAAUCAAUAGAAAAACCUUAGUAUCCUUUCAAAUAUAACUCCUAAAGUUUUAUUUUUAUCAAAAGUUUAGGUAAAGGAUCCCAUUCUGAGGUUUUUUUGGCCCAAGAUAAAUAUACUGGUUUUCUUUUUGCUGUAAAGAAACUUAAUAUAUAAAAAUUAAUCGAAAUGGAAAUGGAAGAGUAAUUUAGUUGUGAAAUAAAGAUUUAAUAUUUUCUAAAUUAGCCUAAUAUUAUAAAACUUUUUUAUUUUUUUAAACAAGGAAAUUUCUUUUAUUUAAUAAUGGAAUAUGCAUAAGGAAAUUAACUUUCAAGAGUUUAAAAAUAAAAUACAUUCUUAAAAGAACCUCAAGCAGCUUUUUACUUACUUUAAAUUUCUUAAGCUAUUUCUUAUUUACAUAAAAUUAAUAUUAUGCAUAGAGAUAUUAAAACUGAAAAUAUUAUUAUAACUAAUGAAAUUGCUAAAUUAGCAGAUUUUGGAUAUUCAAGGAAAUCUAAUUAAUAAAAUAUUAGAAAUACAUUUUGUGGUACAUUAGAUUAUUUAAGUCCUGAAAUUAUAAAUGGGUAAAAUUAUGAUAUUUAUGUUGAUAUAUGGGCUUUUGGAGUACUCACUUAUUAACUUCUGUAAGGUGUAGCACCUUUUUAUGAGGAAAGUUAGUCUGAAACACUUGAUAAAAUAAAAGAAGGGAAAUUUAUGUUCUAGAAAUGGAUUUCAGAUAAAGCUUAAUAUUUUGUGAAGUCUCUUUUGAUUAUUAAUUCAGAAAAAAGACCCAGUGUUAAAGAAAUUUUACACAAUAAUUGGCUUUUGGAAUAGGCUUAAGUUUACGAAAAUUAACUUAAGUCUUAUGAUGAUUUAGAACAGGAAUUAAAAUAAUUAUAUUGA